UGGAUUGUUUGAGUUUGCGAUGAUCAUGAUGAUUGAUGAAUGAUUCAAACUGGUAAAUAGCAAACACAUUCUCAGCGGCGGAGGCACACACACAACUUAAUUCCCAUUGAACGAAUAAAUUCCAUAAACCUAUAAAUUCAAAACAAACAUUAACAUUAACUUUCAAUGUUUGCUGAAGUACCAAUCCAAGGAUGCUUGCCUUUGACGGCUUUUAAUAAUCUUGUGCAAAUGUACCAGGCAAACGUCAUCGAAGUGAGUGAUCCCCCGACUAGUUAACACAUUUUCCAAGUUAAAACAAGAUCCUCAUGGUAAACCAACUCGUCGAUGUCCUUGGUUCGCCGUUGAAAGAUCCUCAUAGUGAACCAACUUGUCGUUGUCCUCCUUAGCCUUUCUCAGCGAAACAAUUUCCUCAACUUCAGGUUCAACCUCCACUUCGAACCUCUCAAGUCGAGCAGCAACAGCAUGAGGCCACAUGGCAGCAGCAUAAUGGCCAUUAAUUUCUCGGAGCCCAUGGUGAAAAAACAUGAAUAUAUCCGCAAGAAGUUGUCGAGUGUGCAAGAGCUUGUAACAAUGGAUUCAGUGACGAAAAUACAAACGAUGGAGCCUACCAGUGUGGCUGCCGUCGGCACGUACUGUUUGUAUUUGUGUGUUUUUUUCCGACCUCUCGGAACUCAAGUACACAGAAGAAGACUUGAUAACCAUCAGAGAGUCUUCUCUGGACUUUUUUUCAGCAAUUCGCUGAAUCUUUUUCUGGAGUUACUCGUCAGCGUACUCUUCAAGGCUUCGCGUCGGCGACAAAGGGGGGCACAAGCUGGUUCACAAGUUAAGUUGCGGAAAAGACUAGUGCUCCCGUCAAUUCAUCUUGUGAACCUACGCUCCCUAGCCAACAAAAUGGAAGAAAUUCUGCUUCUGAUCAGGACCUGCAAAGACUUUGGACGUCCGCAAGGCCCUGUACUUUACAGAGACCUAGCUUUGUGGACGGACCAAAGAUGCUGCCAUGACACUACUGUCCUUUCAACUCCACCGUGCGGACCGCGUCCUGGAGCUAACAGAGAAAUCGAAAGUUUCUGGUUCCUGAAACUAAUCUCCUUGCUUGGGAUGUGUGCGGCUGCCUUCUUCAUCCCAACAGAAUCCUUCCUCCAUGCUUGGCAUUACGUUGGUGUGGUCGGAGGUUUUGCCUUCAUCCUCAUCCAACUUAUCCUCAUCACAGCUUUUGCACACACUUGGAACAAAAACUGGCUUACUGGAGCAGCAGAAAAUAAACGUUGGUACUUGGCAGUGAUGUGUGCCACCCUUUUCUUUUACACCAUCGCCACGAUGGCCUUCACCUUCAUGUACAAAUACUACACACACCCUAUCGCCUGCCAAUUCAACAAGGCCCUGCUGUGGAUCAACUUGGGACUCUGCUGCCUCAUGUCUUUCAUUGCAGUCACACCAUGCGUGAAGCAGAAGCAAAGUCGAUCUGGGCUCCUUCAGGCCUCCAUCAUCAGCUGUUAUGUUAUGUAUCUUACUUUUUCUGCAUUGUCUAGUCGCCCUCCUGAAAAAGUUGUGUACCAGGGCAUGAAUGUGACAGUAUGUUACCCCAGUGUGAGGCAAGAUGGGAUCCAGAAUGAGGGUAAUGCUGUGGCCAUCAUUGGAGCUGCAAUCAUGUACUGCUGCGUUCUUUUUGCAUGCAAUGAAGCGUCAUACCUUGCAGAAGUAUUUGGUCCAUUUUGGAUGAUUAAAGUUUAUCGCUAUGAAUUCCAGAAAGCCACCUGUUGUUUCUGCUGCCCUGAAGAAGAGGAAGUCGAGGAAGAGUUUGCGAUUGAUGAUAACAACAAGGGCUGUCAGAAGGUUAUUCACAAUGAAACGCAGAGAGUAGCAUAUAGCUACUUCUUCUUCCAUUUUGUGUUCUUCUUGGCCUCGCUUUAUGUAAUGAUGACCCUCACAAACUGGUUCAGCUAUGAAUCGGCAGUCCUGGAGACUACUUUUACCCACGGGAGUUGGUCUACUUUCUGGGUGAAGAUGUCAUCAUGCUGGGCCUGUGUGUUCCUCUACCUGUGGCUGCUGCUAGCCCCCUUGUGCAGCUGUCAAAAUGAUUCCAGACCACGCCGCUCUCGCAUCAAACGACGCUCACCGUCCUCCCGUCACGUCACCGUCAGCGUCUGAUGUACACCAUAGAGGAUGGGAGAUGACGUGGUGCCCUGUCGAGGGAUGUCGGGGAUGGAAGUUACAUGGUUGACAUUGCUGUGAGAUGGUCUAAUCAACUGGCCAAUAUGAGCGAGGGGGAAUCCUAUAAUGCUUGAUGUCAUGAAGUAAAUAAAAACUUAACUAUGACUUGCCAAACUGAGUGGAAGAGGUGAAGUGUCACGCUUCAUGGUGAUGGAAAAUUCAGUGAAUAAGUAGAGACAUUUCAUGACUUAAUAAGAAUUUCUAUAUAAUUGCAAAAACAUUCUAGACUUGGCCUCUGUGACAUAACCUCCUCUUUUUUUUUUUUUUAGAAGACUGUUUUUAUUUGUGAUAAUGUGAUGUUCCUGGUUGAUGUUGGGGGUGACAUUCUAUCACGCUUAAAUGACACAUGGCAUGUUUAGCUUUUUCCUUUUUUUUGUAUUUUAAGACACUGUGCACUGUUUUGGAGUAGGCAUUUUUCUCAUACAGUACAUACAUACCUACACACACACACACACACACACACACCACACACACACACACGCACACACACACACACACACACACACACACACGCGCGCGCGCACCUCGCUUCUCCGUGUCUGCUUCCUCCUUUACAGUCCGUCAUGCUUGAACUGUGGGCUUGAUACAAUAGUGGGCAUCAGAGUUGUUGUUGUAAGCACCGAGAUUAGACCCCAAUUCUGUAACUCCUUAAUUAGAGCAGACCUUUAACUCUGUAAAAGUAAUUCUGCCCGUCGAGCAGAAACCUACAAAUCUAUCUUGGUCCGUGAGAAAUUUUGAGUAAGACUCCUGAAAUUGUAUUACUUCGUCUGCAAACAUUUCGUUCAAAAGAACAAAUCUUUUCAGUAAAUGUAAUGAACUGAAUUUGUUUAUGAAAUGAUUCGUUCUUUGACCUCUGCCGCCUUGAGCCAGCCCGCAGCGAUGGGAAGCUGAAGCAUUCAAGUUGGCAGGGACUGGAAACAGAAACAUUGUUUGCAAUCUCGAUGUGCCAUUUUAGACAUGGAGCUGUUGCAGUGGAGAAGAUCCAGUCAAUUUUCAUAAUAAAAGGCACUGACCCGCAAAUUGCAACACUACAAAAAUUAUAUAAAUUGGUCCUUCUUCCUCUGUGGCCUGGUAACAAAUGGCUCAGGGCCCAGUAUCAGUCCACAGACCGGUGGAUGCGGACCACCGAUUUAAGACUUUUGAAUAUAAUGUACUGGGUAAAAUAUUUUGUUCAUUUUACAGUGAAACAUUUAAUUUUUAAAUUAUCAAACCACUGACACGAUGAAUCCACUCAAUUUAAAUGCUGCUACAAUCAAGAAAGACAUAUUUCAAUCCUGUUUUUUUAAUUUGUAAGAUAGAUUUUAAUUUCAACUAAAAUAACAAUAAUAUCUACAUUAUUGUGAGAAAUUAGACCAAAACAUAAGUUUUUUUUAACUAAUGUCCAAAUUACAUCAGAGUUCAAAACUUUAUUCACUUUUGUCUGUCCAAAUGCCAAAGAAAGAUUUGCUUUGAGUU